GCCGCUUGCACCGCUCGGGCUGGAGCGCGAGGCUCCUCUGUCGUCGCCUCAGCCCUCAGACGCGGUGCCUCGGCUUGGUCGCUUCCGCCUCGCGCCCCGCCCGGCCUCAGUCGCGGCCCAGAGCUGCGCUCACCGUCCACCGCGGGACAGGUGCUGCUGCUGUGGAAGAUACCCUACUUACGCCUGCUGCUGCUGCUGACUCCUGACCUCUGAGCUCUUGGUGGAGCUGGGAAGGGGAUGGGACUUGGUUUUAGGAGCCCCACACUUGUGCCACCUCAGACCAUACUGGCUCUCCACAGGUCUCCUGCCACGUUUGGGUACCAGCUGCUCUGACCCUGGCUCUAAGAUGGACAGUGUCUCACCCUCGGGGAGCAGGUGGGCUGGCAGGACAGGCGUCCCCAGGCCGGGAGAAGGAGGCGCUCCCAGGUAGGUGAGUUCUACACAGGCUGCAGAUCUCCAGCUCCUGUGAUGAUGCUCUGAGCCCAGGUGUAUCCAGUGUUUGUGUCUAUGGACCUGUUCUGAACUGUCCAGCCUGCCUAUGGGGGAAGGUGACGCUAUCUGGGCCCCAUCUAUCCUUCCUCACAGCACCCUCAGCACCUUAAUCCUCCACCCGCCACAUUUUGGGAGAAAGAUGGAGUCCAAGGUCUCAGAAGGCGGCCUGAAUGUGACCCUGACCAUCCGCCUACUGAUGCAUGGAAAGGAAGUCGGCAGCAUCAUUGGGAAGAAAGGAGAGACUGUGAAGAAGAUGCGUGAGGAGAGUGGUGCCAGGAUCAACAUCUCAGAGGGAAACUGUCCAGAGAGAAUUGUGACCAUCACAGGCCCAACAGAUGCCAUCUUCAAGGCCUUUGCCAUGAUUGCCUACAAGUUUGAAGAGGACAUCAUUAACUCCAUGAGUAACAGCCCUGCCACCAGCAAACCCCCGGUAACACUGAGGCUCGUGGUUCCAGCCAGCCAGUGUGGGUCCCUGAUCGGCAAAGGUGGAUCCAAGAUCAAGGAGAUCAGGGAGUCCACAGGUGCCCAGGUCCAGGUGGCAGGGGACAUGCUGCCCAACUCCACAGAGCGGGCAGUGACCAUCUCAGGGACCCCGGAUGCCAUCAUCCAGUGCGUCAAGCAGAUCUGUGUGGUCAUGCUGGAGUCCCCACCGAAAGGUGCCACCAUUCCCUACCGCCCAAAGCCCGCCUCCACCCCUGUCAUUUUUGCAGGUGGUCAGGUAAGAGCCGACCCACUCGCGGCCUCCACUGCCAACCUCAGCCUUUUACUGCAGCACCCGCCGCUGCCCGCCUACACGAUCCAGGGACAGUACGCCAUCCCCCACCCGGAUCAGUUGACCAAGCUCCACCAGUUGGCCAUGCAGCAAACCCCCUUUCCUCCCCUCGGACAGACCAACCCCGCUUUCCCCGGAGAAAAGCUGCCUUUACACUCCUCCGAAGAAGCUCAAAAUCUGAUGGGCCAGUCGUCAGGUCUGGAUGCCAGCCCCCCGGCCAGUACUCACGAGCUCACCAUUCCCAAUGAUCUAAUAGGCUGCAUAAUUGGACGCCAGGGGACCAAAAUCAAUGAAAUCCGUCAGAUGUCUGGGGCUCAGAUCAAAAUUGCCAAUGCCACUGAAGGGUCAUCAGAGCGUCAAAUCACCAUUACGGGGACCCCGGCCAACAUUAGCCUUGCCCAGUAUCUCAUCAACGCCAGGCUGACGUCCGAGGUCACCGGGAUGGGUGCGCUCUAAUCCUGCCCAGGACCCUCCAUCCUGCACACCUGACGCUCAAGCCUGCAGCCUCACCAGCCACCCACCUCUCCUCGCAGACAUGAGUAGAGCAUUUUAUUUACUAGCAGAGCCCACAUGUGCUGUGGACACAGCACAGGCCUCCACGCCCACAGCCCAAGUUAGCUGUGCCCGUCCCCUGCGUCCGCAUGCUGUGCUGCUUACUUUAAUGCUUCAUGGUAUUCCCGUGUGUGGCGCUUUAGAAACCUAGUCCUCAGUGUCAGUGUGACUGUGUGUUUUAAGAGUUGGCUGCUUUGGCAGCACUUCCUGUGACCUGCUCUCCCCCACACUUGGACACCCACCUCUCCGGUAUCAUGCUGGCUCAGUUUCCCCUAAGAGCCCUGCUGCCGGGUUCACAGUUCCACCCCGUGUCAUGUACUAGAGUCAGGGUGUCCUUCCUGUACCACCUGCAGGAAGUGCUUGGGAGAGGAAGGGCUUGGAGGGUGACCUGAGGAGCAGGGUGGGGGCAGGGGUUGCUGGUCUACUUCCCGGGGUGUGUCACAGUGGCAUUCAGGAAGCCCUCAGCACUCGUUAAUAAAUGGAGUUAAUAAAUGUUAUGUGCCCCUAGCCUCUGGCUCUUCUCUGCCCCACAUACCUGUAGCCACCAAGAGGCUGCACCUGUAAGCGGCCUAUAGUCUUGAGCCUGGCUUUUUUCUCCCAGCCACAAAAUAAGGUUACUUUACUACUUUCCUAAGCUCUUUUCUGUUUUAUUUGCAUAGCCACUUACAAAAACAAAAAUUGUAUGAGUCAGCACCUCCCGCUUUGCAGCUAAACUUGUAUUUAUUACAUGCCUCCUCUGUGUGACCCCAGAACCAGAGAGCACAUCUGAGCACAGCAGGGGUGCCCAGUGUAGCCUAUGCGGGACAGGCAGCCAGGCUGGUGAGAAGCCCAGGUGUAGCCGCCCCUGCCCAGCCCCACAGACCUGUUCCACCUGCCUCACCGGGGGGUGAACUCACCAUCCCAAGCACAGCCACACCAGUCUGCACGCUGCUCGGGACUGUGGACAAGCCUCUACCGCCUAAGCAGACAGUUUUGAGUUUGUCUGAGACAGUGGUCAGCAGAGACUUCAUGAACACUGUAUCUGUGGCAGGACACUACCAAUGCCUGACCCAGAACACACAGGCUACUAAAGACGUACCACAAAGUUAGGCACAGAAUCGUUUUGACAGGAGUAUAUUCUUUGCUACAGGGAUUAAGAAGAGGUUUUGUUGAAUUCGUUAAAAGAUGUGUUACUCCACCCAAAAUAAAAGCAGCGUCAUGGAGCAUGUGUUCACCUACACAAACAUAGAAGCAGCGCCACCUGGUCCCCUGAGGUCCCUGGGGAGGCCAACUUGGACAGGCAGUGUUUGGGGGGUUUGGUUUGGUUUGGUUUGGUUUGGGUUUUGUUCCUUGGUUGGUUGGUUUUGUUUGGGAGUAAGACGGUUGUUUUCAUUUGUUUUCUGCCACACUGAAGAUUGAGCCAGAGUAUCGCCCAUGCUGGGCAAGCACCCUGUCCCUGAGCUACACCUCUGGCCCUUUUUACUGUAUUUUUGAGACAGAAAUUUGCCAGGUGGUCCAGGUUGGCCUCCAACUUGCAAUCCUCGUACCUCAGCGUCUUGAGCUGCUGGGAUUACAAGAAUAGGCUACCAAGCCCAGCUGCUUUUUUUUUUAACUGAUUUUGGAAUCAGAAUUUAUUUAUAAUAGCUGUUAUAGUCAAUGAUCUAUUUUCAGUCUCUUUAUUUGAAUUUUCUUUUUUUUUGUGCUCAAUGUGUCAAAAUCAGUAUAUAUUAUUAAUCUUUUCAAAAUAUCACCUAUGGUUUUUGCUACUGUUUUCUUGAGUUUUUUUGUUUUGUUUUGGGUUUGGGUUUUAGUUUUAUGUUUGUUUGUUUGUUUGUUUGUUUUGAGACAGAUUUUUCUAUGUAACUCAGAUUGACUUGGAACUCCUGACAAUCUUCCUGCCUCAGCUUCCCAAAUGCAGGGAUUACAGGAGUGCACCACCAUGCCAGUUUAGUUUUUGCUAUUAUAGUAUGUAUCACUCACUAUUUCAUUGUUUUUUGCCCAUAUCUUUAUUAUUUCUCUUUUUAUUAAUUUAUAUUUAUUUGUUCCUUUAUUUGUUAAACUACUUGACAUGUGAUUAGUUCUAUUUUUGGCAAACUUAUCUCUUGAGAAAUGGAUUUAAGACUAUAUAUUUCUAGGUACUACUUUAGCGAUGACUCUGGAAUUUUGACCAAUUACGUUAUUACUCAAUUCUGCUUUUUCAUUCCUUAAAUUGUCUACUUACCUGAAAGUUCUUAGUAAGAUACUAUUAAAUAUUGACUAUGUGAGGUUCUCCUGUUAAUUUCUAAUUUCUUGCACCAUGGGGAGCAUUUGUAGUCUCACUGACACUGACCCUUGGGGGUACAUAGGGAAUCUCUUGUUAUCCCUUUGAUGGUGGGUGUAUUCACCAGUUUUCUUAUCUCUGGGACUCAAUAUCCAACACCUGCAACUUAAAGGGGGGGGGGGGUUAAUUUGGUUCGUGGUUUCAGGAGAUUCAGUUCAUGGUUGGCUGCUCCAAGGCAGAAACAUCAUGGCAGAAGGGUGUGGUGGAGGGAAGCCACUUAGUUCUUGAUAGCCAGGAAGCAAAACAGGGGAGCAAUACCAGGGAUGAAGGGGCAGGGGACCAGUUAUAAUCCUCCAUGGCCAUCCAGACAAUUUAAGGUGCUUUACCAAUUCCCAGGUGGCUCCCAAGCCAACUGAGUUGACACAGCUAAGCUUUGUGAUCUUGGUGAGUUUCUGUAGUUGUCCAUGUGUGCUGGAUUCGCAGACACUGUGAGGUCUGUGAAGUUCCUCAUCUGUCUGACAGCCAAGCUCAAUCAUCAUGUCACAUUUGGGGUACACUGGUUGUUUUCGUCUGAUUUGGUCCAUGUGGGAGACAUGAUGGUACCAGCAGAAGUUGCACUCUAACCCUGGAAUGGGCCCUAGGAUCAUGUCAUGGUCCAUAGUUAGAGCAUUAGGGUUUCACACUAAAGUUUCUUUUCAGCUGACCCUAAAAUAAGGAGCUAAUGCUGGACCCUCUAUGUGGGACCACUGGUCUCACCUCAGGAAGGAGGGAACUGCAGGGCCACACUCAUCCAGGCAGACUCAUAGCUCAGGCUACUCUGAAGAUAGCUGGAAAGCGUAGGACAGAAGGGGGCUUGAGGUAUACCCUGGUUGACAUGGAGACCCCUGCCAGGCCCAAAGGAGGGAAUACAGGCUUUCUGGGAAGCUUGCCCAGACUUGGGGCAUGGGACCUGAAAGCUGCCAGCUCUGACAUACCCAUGUUGGAUGAGAAGGCUGUUAGUCACAGAUGUGUCCAGCCAGGAACAGUUGCUGAGCUGGGUCAUAGCUCACACUGGGUCCAGGCUGGAGACACUGUUCUUUGUUCCCUGCAGUUUACCCAGCCACCUCAGCCUGGGGUCUUCUGUCCCAGACUCUACCUACCAGGUACCCGGGUGUCCACCCCAGCUCCAGGUGCUUCUGAGUGUCUGCCUGGCAUUUGUGUCUCAUUCUGUCAUUUUCAUUUUUCUCUUUUUCUUUUAUAUAGCUUUUGUAUGUUUUUGGUAAUAUCUGUGUUAUUACCAGAUCUUGGAUUUCAUUGAGGUUAUCUGUUUUUUAAUUGGAUAGUUUAACAUGUUUAUCAUAAUUAUAAUAUUAAAUUUAUUCACAUUAUUUCAUAUUUCAUUUAUACUUCCUCUGUUUCUAUUUUCACUGAACAGCUUUCUCUUAUACUGGAUAGGACCCUCUCUUUUCCCUACAAUGCAUGUUAGUACUGCUGCAGUUCUAGUUGGCAAUUAUUAAAAUAUAUUCUUCUUUGGCCUUGUCUAGUGCUUAUCCCUAGUCAUCCCCAGGCAUGCCCCAUCUCCUUUAGUCACACCUCUUUCUGCUCUCUCCAACACCUUCUUGCACGGCCUGAUGGGGAUUCGGUGUGCAGGACCCUGUGCCCAGCAAUGUGUGUGCCCCAUCUGGGCGAUGGGCCCACAGUCCUGGUCCCAGCAUUAGAAAGAAAGCCAAACUUCCCUCACCUAGAGGAGGGGUCCGAGGUGGCUGCUCUGCUCCUGCACAGGCUGCCUUGCCCUGCAGAACCUUGGGAGUGGUGCUGCAUGGACAUCCUGGGGCCUGCUGCCUUCCACAGCCUGGUGGCUUCCUCCAUCUUUAGAGUUCUGGAAAAUAUAUUUCAGUCACUUGGUGAGAUACCCUCUCUGUUCCCAUCUUUCUUUUCUAUCUUUGGAAACGGUUUCCUGGGGGUUGAUCUGUUGUCUUCUACUUGGCAACCCCCUCAGUGGUCACUCUUUUCUCUGUUCCUGGUGGGCCUCCUACACCUGACCCAUGGAUGUGCUCACUGUGUCCUGCCACUACUCUCUGCUCUGUGGCACUCUGGCCACUCUUCACUCUUGUCUUCAAUGGCUGUAAGUUUUGGCAGCUUAUUUUCAUGGCUCCUCACUCCUGCUAAGUAAUGUUAAAAAUUCUUGGGGUUUCCUUUCUUUCUUUCUUUCUUUUUUUUUUUUUUUUUUGUACCAGGGAUGGAACUCACCAUCUCUCGCUCGCCAGGCAGGUGCUUAUGCCACUGAGCUAAAUCCCCGCCCUUCCCAUCCCAGGAGUUUCUUAAGUAGUUUCUUUUUCUCGAACUAGCAGCCUUGCCCUCAAGGUCAUCCCGCCCAGCCCACAUGCCAAGGCAGAGGGACACUAGAGCAAGCAGGCUCCCACAGGGCCCAAGUGCAGGUGUUACUAUCGGGGCCUAACUAGAAUGCUCCUCAGAUGCAAGGGGUAGGAGUCAGAGGAGGACACCCCAGAGGAGCCACAGGUUUUUACUGCAGCCUAAUAGCUCAUCAGAGCCCAGUGUCUGGGAGAGAGGAGAUCUUCAGUCACUUCUCUUUCUUCUUGGAAACUGCUGUCUGGAAGUCCCUCAUCCUGUGGGUCAGUUUGGCCUAUUUAUGUUUGUGUCCAUCCCCUUUCUGCCCCAUGACGGAUACCUAAGACCAUAAACUUGGAAAGAGUAAAGGUUUGCCCUGGCUCACAAACAGAGCUUCGGGUCCAUGGCAGGAUGGUCCCUUGCAUGUGGGGUGUGGCAGCACAGGUGGGAAGUGAGAUGGGGCAGAGCUGUUCCCUCAUGACCAAGGGUGGGGGCCCCACUGUCUCAUUGUUUAUUAAUGCUUUUAAAGCAUUUUUUGCACUUAACUAGAGAAUGUGAUUUAUUUUUUGAUGUACUGAAGUUUUGUCUCCUUAAACACUUAAAAAUAGCCCCCGCCUUGGGUGAAGAAUUCUCUGAUGAGGUACUUAGUAACAGAGUUCUAGUGGGUCUGUGUAUUGGUCCAUGCAGACCUGGUAACAGAGUGCCCCACACUAGGCAGUUACUAUCAAGAGAAAUCGAUUUCUCACACUAUCUGUAGGACAGGAGUCAGAGGUCAGGGUGCCAGGACACAUGAGUACAGAGGGCCAGUGACACAGAUGGUAAAAACUAUUUACCAACAGGCCAGAGAUUUGGCAAAGAGGACAGUUUAUUCCAUCCACUGAGUGCACUGUCAAGAGAGACAGUGGCAGGUUUCCAAAAGGACCUGUGCGUGAUGGUAGAGACUGGUGUCAUGAUAAGGUGUAGGCCUGGGAAGAGGGGUUGUGGACAGCUGAUCUAAGUGUCUGGGGAAUCUUCUCCCAGGAUAACUGGUUUCUGUUCACCCUUUGAGAACCCAAAUAAUUUUAAAGUUGUUCACUAAAGUUACAAACUGUCAAGGUCUCGCUCAGCUUCUGCAAGAGCCCUCAAACUUUUGAGGAAAGAUGCAGCAUUAGCUCAGGGGAGGGAAGGAUGUUUCUUGUGGUGAAGCCAUUUCAGUCCUCACUAGUGCUGGACAGAAGUAUGUUGUCAAAAGAGUUUGAGUGCUGAGAACUUGAACCCUUUUGUCACAAGGGUCCUGCACAGCACAGCCCCUACUGGAUUACAGAUGCCUCCUUCUUGCUAUGUCCUCACACAGUGGUAGGGUGAGGAUCUGGGCCCCCAUUAUAAGGACACCAAUUCAUUCACGAAGGCUUUACCCUCAUGACCUAGUUUCCACAAAGGCCUCACCUCUGGGCACCACCGUAGGGCCUGGGGACGCCAGCAUAAGAACUCUGGAGAAAUGCAGCUUUGGCGCUGCAGCCAAUAAAGUUGAACUGCUCUAAGUAACCAGAAAGGUCUAUGUGCUCUACAUCUGUUUGCAUCAAGCAACAAGAGCCCACUCUGCCUCCCCCUGUCCUGGCCGAGGGGUCAGCUGGAAUGGGCUCCUGAUGUGCUUGUGUUUCCCGAGUCAUUCACUCUGUCUGUUCCACAGAUCCGAUACUCCAUGAUUCCCGCUCUGCUGCACUCUAGCCCUGGCCAUUCUCAGUGUUCUUCGUCCUUGCAGAGAGGCCCUUCCUGUCUGCUCCAGCAUGGCGUUCUUUCGUUUCUUUUCUUCACCACCUGCUCUGAUCCUCUGGUUUUAGCAGUUGUUCCCAUGCAGAGCAUUUGCUACACCACAGGGACCAGUGAAGAGGGCAAUGGGGCAGGGCUGCCUGCACUCCGAAGCAGACUCAGCACUGUCGUGGGCAUUGAGCCCAGGCCUCCCCCACUGUACACCCUGCGAGCCUGGUCAUUCACUAUGGUUUUGGUGCUUAGAGCUCAGCUGUGGGCAGCACUGAAACUUGGUAGUGACUGCACAGGGACAGAGGGACGAAAACGCAUGUAUCCCCAUCCCAAGGAUUUGAGAGCUGUGCUCUUUCCUCCCAAUGAGGUGCAACAGGCUGUCCAGCCCCACACUGGGAGAGCCAGCUAGGGGAGCCCAGGCAAGACCCUGUGCCUAUAGCUCUGGGGCCAGGGUUGCUCUGUGCAGGCAAUGGCUGCUCCAGGGCCCUGGAGGGAGGCUGGGUCAGGCCCAACCACCCAGUCCCUCAGCCCCCCAGCAAGCCCAGUCCCGGCCCAGCACAGCUGUCCCCCAGCCCAGGUGGCCACAGCAGGAGCCAGUGGGCAAUCUGAGCUCCCAGGUGUGCCUUGUGGCCCACAUCCCAGGACAGGUAGAAGAAAACCACACCUGGAAGAAAACCUUAGCCCAGUAUCCCUGUGGAGAUGGAUGCAGCCUGCAGCAGCAUCAGGAGCAGAGCUCUCCAGGCGCCUGGGCACCAGGACCACAUGUAGUGUGCAUCAACAGCUGUUUCCACCAGAAACCAGGUCAGCAGCUUGGUAAUGAAUAGAGGACGAUGACAGUUAUUUCCAUGACACAAAGAAUCCAUACCGUUUCAGGAUGAAAAUGAGCAACAAACUAAUCUAAAUGAAAGCUUCUUCAACCUAGCUGUUACGGAUGCUUCGUGUGUUGAAGUCCCCAGGGCCCAGUUCAUGGCUGUAUUUGGACACAAGGUCAUCAGAGGUGAGAGUAAGUUAAAAUGGGAUCAUUAGGGUAGCCCAACUUCAACACGGCUGUGUCUUUACAAGAAAAAGAGAUGUGAACAUCAGAUAAGUGUCCACAAAGGAAAAAGACCGUGUGAGCACACAGGACAAGAUGGUCAUUGGCCAGUCAAGCAAAGUGGCCUGGAACAGAUCCUCUGUUAUGGCCUAGAGGGAAGCCUCUGAGCACCACAUGCCCGGACUCACAGCCUCCAGAGCAGCAAAGAUGCAGAUUUCUGACAUCACUGCUUGAUCUGUGCUGUUUUAUUAUAGCAGACUAAGACAUCUGUCCAUUUCUGGAGAAAAAAGGAAAAAAAAGACAAGUUUCGAUAGAUGUUGACUGAAUCUGCAGAUCACUUUGGGGAUCACUGCCAUCUUGCAAUACUAAGGGAAAGAGAAGAGGAGGGAGGAAUAAAUUCUGCCUGCAGACUGCAUGAACUCACUUCCAAUCACAUAUCUGAUAAGGGACAUGUCAGCUUUCCAUCACUGUGACAAAAUUCCUGAGAUAAUUGAUUCUUCAGGAGGAAAGAGGUAUUUUGGCUCUUGCCUUCAGAGGUGGUAGUCCCUGCCAUUUGGCCCUGUCGCCUGCCUGUGGUGUGUAGUGCAUCAUGCCAGCAGGAUAUGGAAGAGGUGGAAUGUUCACCAGGAAACAGAGAGAGGAAGGACAGAGCUCCAACAUCUCCUUCAAGGCUGCACUCCAUGACUUGACUCCUCCCACCACUUCCCAGUGCUACACAGGUAGGGACGGGCCUCAGCACAUGGCUGUAGGGACCCAAACUACAAGGACUUGUGUACUGAGUACAUAAAGAGCUCCUGCACGUGUGCAGACACACGAAGAAUAUUAUUAGUAGGACCCAUGGGUAGCAUCUGAACAAGUUUUGCAAGUUGACCAAGACAGCAGCCUCGGUCAUUGUUGGCUUCCUGAGUGUGGACACAGUGCUGUGAUUGGGAGGAAGCACGCACUUGUUUUUGGAGAUGUCUACACUCAGCUAAGCCCACAGGAGCCUGCAGUGUGGGUGCACCAAGAACCAGCUGUGGGAGAAGGGCACGAGCCAUAGUGGCCCUGGCCCCUCUGUCACAGCACAGCCACUCAGUGGUCACCACCUUCCAGCUACUAUGUCUGGGUUGCCUUUCUCCAAAGCAGCACAAGUGCAAGGCCACAGAGCAGCUGAGCCAGCCCAGGCCAGCCUUGUAUAGGAGAUGCCAGCCAAAGCUUCCUGACAGGAAGAUGUGAGCACGCAACAAGAGAAGAAGGUGUGACCAUAACUGGGUCACAAACCUGCAGAACCCAAAGUCUCCACAGGAAAACUGCUGCAGAAAGUAAAACAGUUUUGUAAAUUGUUAUAAAAAUAAAGAUCGGGAAACCAA